UUUGAUUAUACUAUUGAAGCGGAGGCUUCAGACAAUACUUUGGGAGAUAUUUUCCCCAGUUUAAACACAUUUAUACCUGAUUCGACCGACGGUUAGAAGGAGACUAAGCCAUUUCCGUAUAGCGAAAAAUGGCCACAGGAGCAAAUGCAACUCCUUUAGGGAAGUUGCACCCCAGCAUCGGAGCUAAACGAGGAUUUGACGCCGGGCCUGGUGCGGGUAACGGGCUGAUGCCAACGCCGGGGCCGCCUGCAGCUUUCCCAUCGAUACAAGCUUUUCAGCCCGCGAUGCCAAACGCAUCUUUUCCGCAGUCACAUCAGUUCAAUGCAGUGGCAGGUUUUGUGGCCCCGACUCCACAACAACCAGUGGUAGCGGCUGGACUGGCCAAACCAGAUUUUGGUCAGAAGAAAAAUAGAAAGAAAAGUCGCUGGAGCAGUGAGACGCCUGAUCAGAAGACAGUCAUACCGGGCAUGCCCACUGUCAUUCCUCCUGGACUGACCCGGGAUCAAGAGAGAGCCUAUAUAGUCCAACUGCAGAUUGAAGACCUGACUCGUAAACUGCGUACAGGAGACCUGGGAAUCCCUGUUAACCCUGAGGACAGGUCUCCAUCUCCCGAGCCCAUAUACAACAGCGAGGGCAAGAGGUUAAACACACGCGAGUAUCGUACGCGGAAGAAGAUCGAGGAGGAACGUCACUCCCUCAUCACAGAGAUGGUUGGACUCAACCCCGACUUCAAACCUCCUGCAGACUACAAGCCUCCAGCCACCAGAGUUAAUGACAAAGUCAUGAUUCCCCAAGAUGAAUAUCCCGAGAUCAACUUUGUUGGUCUGCUCAUUGGACCACGUGGUAACACACUGAAGAACAUCGAGAAAGAAUGCUGCGCCAAGAUCAUGAUCCGCGGUAAAGGUUCCGUGAAAGAGGGGAAGGUCGGCCGAAAGGAUGGACAGAUGCUGCCGGGCGAGGACGAGCCUCUGCACGCUCUGGUCACCGCCAACACCAUGGAGAAUGUCAAGAAAGCUGUGGAGCAGAUUCGUAACAUCCUGAAACAAGGCAUCGAGACGCCAGAGGAUCAGAAUGAUCUACGUAAGAUGCAGCUGAGGGAGCUGGCCAGACUCAAUGGCACAUUGAGAGAAGAUGACAACAGGAUCCUUCGUCCCUGGCAGAACACUGAGCCCCGCAGCAUUACUAACACCACCCUCUGUACCAAAUGUGGUGGAGCAGGCCACAUCUCGUCUGACUGCAAAUACACCAGCUCAUUCGCUGCCCACAGAGCAACUGGUGGCGAGCCGCCUCAGUCGGCCCAGGACAAGGCUCGUAUGGACAAGGAGUAUCUGUCCCUCAUGGCUGAGCUGGGGGAGGCUCCGGUCCCCUCAUCAGGUGGAGGACACUCCAACAACCAGGGAGGAGGUCCUCGGUCCUCAGGACCCAACAAUAACCAGCCACCACCGCAGAACCGGCCUCCUUGGAUGAACUCUGGUCAGGAGAACAGGAACUACCAUAGCAUGCACGGAGGCCCCGGCGGCCACGGAGGACCCCACAACUACCCUCCCCCCAUGCCCAACAUGGGAGGCCCUCCUAUGCCCCCCAACCCCAAUGGCCUGCCUCCCCCCUGGAUGCAGCCCCCUCCUCCCCCCAUGGGCCAGGGUCCAGGACCUCACGGACACCCCAUGGGUCUGCUGCCACCUCCAAUGGGUAUGAUGCCACCUCCACCCCCUCCCCCCAGCAGUCAGCCACCACCUCCCCCUUCUGGACCCCUGCCACCAUGGCAGCAGCAGGCUCCACCUCCCCCUCCAACCAGCAGCAUGGCAACCAGCACACCACUGCCCUGGCAACAGAAUACUGUCACCACAUCCAGUCCUGGCACCGCCACCCUGCCUCCAUGGCAGCAGCCCCAGCAGACUGCAGCCUCCGGAGCCCAGCCCCCACCUCCGAUGGGUACCCCAUCCAUGGUGCCGCCUCCCCCCGGAGUCCAGCCCCCAUUGCCCCCCGGCGCCCCUCCACCUCCACCUCCACCACCUCCAGGCUCAACCGGCAUGAUGUACGCCCCACCGCCACCCCCGCCACCAAUGGACCCUUCCAACUUCGUCACCAUGAUGGGGAUGGGGGUGCCAGGCAUGCCCCCCUUCGGCAUGCCCCCCGCCCCCCCACCUCCCCCACCCCAGAAUUAACCCUCCCACAGAAGAAUCGUCCUCCCACAAGAGUUUUCACCCCGCAGCACAUUAUUCACCACAUACCAAUAGACUGAUGUUAUAUACUCACAGAAGAAAUAUAACCAGUGCUUUAUUUUUUAUUGAUCCUUGAUAUUGUGAAGACAUCUCUCUAACAAUGAAAAGCGGUGUUGGUUCAAUUUGUAAAGUUGCGUAAAUUAAUGAGUUAUUUUCCUGUUUUUAAAGUCUGUAUUAAUACGAAGCUCAUAGUGUGCAAACAAACAGCUGCUGCUCUCGGGCACAUGUUCUGCAGCGCUACUGUAGCCUGUCAUAUUAUUUGUAUACCAAAUAAAAAAGCUCCAAUCGGCAGCCGUAAGUUUAAUUUGUGCUUAACGGUCUCAUCGCUUCUAAUGUUUCAAUUCUAACAGGAACUCUGAUUGGAUUCAUAUAUUACAAUACAAUCUGCAUGAUGCAUUUUAAACACCAAAUUCUGUUUUUUCAAGUGACACAUUUGUACUCCUGUCAUGCUCCAGAUGUCCAGAUGUUGGCUUUGAGUUGAAAUAAGAUGAAUAUUUUUGUAACAAUGAGAUGUGAAGUGUAUCUUAGUUCUGUCAAACCUUUUUGUAGUACUGUAUCAUUGUUUUCCAGAAAAUUCCCAGGGGUUAUUGAUUUUUUUUUUUUUUGUUACAUGCAUGCAUGCGUCUCAGUUGUGAAAUUGAGUUUAAAAUGGGAGGGGAGGGGGGGGGUUUGACACUGAACCCCCUCCCUCCUCGGACUACUUGAAUGCUGAGAAUUUGACUUCUUGUUUUUCUGCAUCUCUCUGCUCUGAUAAGACGCUGUGUGCAGUGUUUGUGUUGCUUCUACAAGGACAGAAAAAUAUCUGAUUUUUCCCUCCGGUUACUAAAGAAAAAAGAAAAAAAAUCUUAUUUCUCCUCUUUUCCUGCAGUUGGUCUGUUUGUGUUAUGGCUCUAGCCUUGAAUGAAUAGCUGUUGAAAUCUUGCUUAGUUAGCAUUAAAAUGAUCCAUUUCACCUUUAUGUUGUUGAGUGCAGACUGGUUUCUCCUUUCGUGGAUGUGAGACCCUUUUGUUGAGGAAGAAGGCUUGCCAACAGUAGUCUGUCUUUUUUUUUUUUUUUUUUAAUCAUGACAGGGCAGUGUGGGCUUCCUCAUUCAAAUGUGUUACAUAACACGCUUUUUGUCCAGGGUGACCUCUGUGUCACAAACGAUCCAGGAAGCUUCACAGAGAGAUGUGUAGUUUAAAAAUAAAUGUUUUUCAAUACUGACAUUUACUACAGAAUAAUCAUCAUUAUUACAGUCUAUAGGUCUUAUUUUGAAAUUCCUGAAGAAACCAGUGAUAAACUACAGGAUCAAUUACAUUUUCCCAAAGCUUUCAACCUCAUCUCAUGGUCUUCAUUAGUGAAUAGUUCAUUCUGUUGUCUUGAAAACUUGUAUCUUAGUUAUUUUCCCACCUGUUACUUCCUCGGCUAUAUAUAAGUUCUAUAUUUAAGUCACGUGAUGACAACUGCACAAACACUAUGAGAUGAUGUUGAAAGCUCUAGAAAAAGUAUCUUAAUGUUUUUAUUAAAGUCAAGAGAUGAAAAAAGUGAGCAUCUGCUGAUUACGAUUGAGAUGUGCUACAGCUAAAAAAAAAAAAAAACAACAGGAAGUUGACCUUGGAUUGUUAUUUUUUUGUCAAAUUUAAUUUUCCAAACUCAGGAUUGCAUUUCGGUGUUUGACAAUAAAAGACUUCUACUUCUGCUUGAGCUCAGAGUUUAUAAAGGACACUUUGUUUCGUAUCUAUAAUAAUUUCCUCUACAUGAGUUUCAGGAAUGCUGGUUUAUGUAAAGUCAAACCGAAUGAGACCGGAAGUUAGGUGAUUCUGUUGUCAAAAUAAAAGCAAUGUAUGCCUGUUUCUAUAUUAAACACCUUAAAGCGC